AUGGAGGUCUCGUUGCCACCGGCGUCGGCACUUACCCCCAACGGUCUCGCGUCGCCGGCCCCUUUCCCGACCAUCGAGCCGGAGCGCGUGCUGGACCAUCUCGUCGCCGUCUGCCAGGUGGCCCUUGGCGCGACCAAGGAGGAGCUCGAGCAGCCUGGAAGCUUGCUUAGCAGCGCGCGUCAUGCUGAGACGGUCACUCGCUGCACGCGAUUUGCCAACGAUAACCAAAAUGUGCUCUACAUUCAAAAGGACAUUGCUACGUCUUCCACUGUGGAUGCGCGAAGCGACGUUGCUGUUCCGUCGUCAUUCCACUACACACUCACGACCGAGAUCUCGUCCACUGCCACGACCGUCGCGUCUCUUAUCCUGCUAAAAUCGCCACAGCCCAUCGACCCAACCCGAUCACUCACAGCCCAGAUCUUCAUCACAAACUUGCCUGGACCCGCUGCUCUCAACGCCGCGGUUGGAGAACAGGGCACAAGCAUUUCUCCGUGGGAGGUCCUACACUCGCAGGUGCACCACGCUUUGGUCCCGUACUUUGACGCCAACACCAAGAGCCAGCUGACCGCCAACGGUCUGCGCGGCCGCGCCGAUGUCGACGCCAAGACUGGUAUCCCCGUCACCAAGAAGAGGCUCAACGACCUGGAGCUGAGCCUGCUCCAUCUACAGCAGAACGUCGACAUCCCCGAGAUUUCCUUGACGUUCCACUCCAUUGUUCAGAAUGCUCUUGAAGAAGCCGAGUCUCGUCACGGCCGACCAUCCAUCGAUUCUAUUCCGUCCAUGCUGCUCCAAGACAGCACAUUCCUCAACCGCUUGCAGGCCAACGUCAACACAUGGAUUAAGUCAAUCCAGGGCGUCACCAAGAUGACGAAAGACCCUUCAUCUGCCAGCGAAUUCACAACAGCCAGCCAGGAAGUCAACUUCUGGUUGUCCAUGGAGUCGGCUCUAGAGGGCAUCGAGGGACAACUUCGCAGCGAGGGCGUUCUGUUGACCCUCGAGAUUCUCAAGCACGCCAAGCGCUUUCAGGCGACUGUCAGCUUCACUGCCGAUACCGGUCUCAAGGAAGCCAUGGACAAGGUACAAAAGUAUAACCAGCUCAUGCGAGACUUUCCUCUAGACGAGCUUCUGUCUGCGACAUCCCUACCCAAGGUUCAGGAAGCUAUUUCUCAAAUUUUCAGUCAUCUCACUAAAAAGCUGAGAAUUUGCCCAUACCCCAUUCGCAGAGCGCUGCCGCUGGUCGAGGCCAUCUCUGCCGAUUUGGAUGACGUGCUCCACCGGCUGCUUCCCGGCCUGGAGCUUGUCAAUCUCGAUUAUCAACAGUUCCAGACUAUCAUGCGCACUUGUGACGAGAUUUUCCAGACUUGGGAGGACAACAUCAAGGAAUUCACUAAUGUCGCCCGUGAAGUGACACGCCGCAGAAACGAGAAGUUCAUCCCCAUCAAGAUUAUCAAGAAGCAUUUGGAACUGGAGUCGCGUAUCAAGUAUGUCAGCACUUUCCGUGAUAACCACGAGCAGCUCCAGCGCACUAUCGUCAAUGUCCUUGGCCCCAACGCCACCAUCCCCGGAACAACAGAAACCACUACUACAAAUGGCAUUGUGAUGGAGGAGAUGGGCGAUGUGGACGCCGUCGAAGAGGUUCAACAGGCUUGGGAAGCUUUGCAAAAUGUUGACCUCCUGGAUGUCAGCGAGCAAGGCAAAGAGCGCUGGGUCCUGGCAGAAAACCUUUACAACGAGCGCACCACAAGAGUAGAAAACUCAAUCAUUGCGCGCCUUCGUGAUCGCCUAGCGACUGCCAAGACGGCCAACGAAAUGUUUCGCGUCUUCUCUAAGUUCAACGCACUUUUUGUGCGUCCCAAGAUUCGCGGUGCCAUUCAAGAGUACCAGAACCAGCUGAUGGAUCACGUCAAGCAGGCCAUCAACGGUCUCCACGAAAGAUUUAAGCAGCAAUAUGGCCACUCGGAAGCUCACGCAAUGGCCCAACUGCGUGACUUGCCUCCCGUAUCUGGCGCCAUUAUUUGGGCUCGCCAGAUUGAAUUUCAACUCGACGGUUACAUGCGCAAGGUAGAGGCUGUUCUUGGUCCUGACUGGACUCUGCAUGCUGAGGGCCACAAACUCCAAGAGGAAAGUGAACUGUUUAAGCACAAGCUCGAUACUGCUCGUAUUUACGAGGCUUGGCUUGCCGAUGUCGGCCGCCGCAAGAUUUCCAUCUCUGGCCAACUUUUCGACAUUGCUCGCGUCCGUUCUGCUGGUGGCAUUCUGGAGCUCGCUGUCAACUUUGAUCCCCAGAUCAUUACUCUUUUCAAGGAGACGCGUAAUUUGACGUGGCAGUCCUACUCUGUGCCUCAUGCCGUCACCACAGUGUCCAAAGAUGCCAAGCGCGUGUAUCCAUAUGCAGUAAGUCUGAUGGAGAGUGUAAGAACCCUAUCUCAAACGCUCCGUCAAAUAUCUACCAUGGGCGAGGAGUCUGUUCUACUGAAUGGUUAUCGCAAUGAUGUCUACAAACUCAUUGGUGAUGGUGUGCCACUGCGAUGGGAGUCUUUUAUCAACUCGCAUGAGCUCUUUUACACCGACCAGAGGCAGACAAGAGCAUUACUACCCGGCGCCAACGACUAUGGUCUAGCGAAGAACACGGAAAGCAAACAUGGCAUGUUCAUUCGUGGAUUCGCAGCGGCGGUGUCCGUGCUGCAAAGCAAAGCUGUUGCUUUGAGCUAUAUUCAUGCUACAGUUGAACAGGCUCUCAAAGAGCUUGGCGCAUGCGACUAUGAUCCUGCUGCCUUCCAGUCGAGACUCGACACUAUUCAGGCUGCAGUUGAUCAGCUGAAUCUGGAACAAUACGUCAACCUUGAAUUCUGGGUCCGAGAUCUAAACAAGAAGAUCCAAGCUGCUCUGCUCGACCGUCUGCACAGUGCCAUUCAGUCGUGGAUCGCUGCGUUUGAAGACGAGACCUUCGAGGGCACCCGCCGCAAACCCAUCGCUGAAGAGGAAGCCAAGCCUACAGCGCCCACCAUGAAGCGCCUGAUUCUGGAAGUAGCCAUGCGCAACCAGGUCAUCUAUCUUGACCCACCUAUGGAGUACGCCAGAGCCAGCUGGUUCUUACACUUACAUGAGUGGCUAGGUAUUGUCUGUAACUUGCGCAAGAUCAAGGCCGCCCGUUACCAGAUGAGCCUCAACACUUCCAUUACUGACGAGGCUCGCUUCACCGAUCUGCCCACUGAGUGUGCUGAUACACUCCGACGAGUCUACGUGUCCGUCGAGAAGAAGCUACACGAAAUCAGCGCCUACGUGGACAAGUGGCUGCAGUUCCAGUCCCUUUGGGAUCUCCAAUCCGAGCAAGUUUAUGACAUGCUUGGCGACCAUCUACCGCGCUGGCUGGAGUGCUUACAAGAUAUCCGAAAGGUGCGCACCACAUUCGAUACCCAGGAAGUCAGCCGCUCCUUUGGCCAUCUUACCGUUGAUUACGACCAAGUCCAAACCAAGGUGAACGCCAAAUACGACCAAUGGCAGCAGGAGAUACUCAUCAAAUUUGCUGGUCGCCUCGGAACUCGCAUGCGCGAAGUCAACGCCGAUAUUGAAAAAGCUCGCAAGAGUCUUGAGGGCCAGAGUUCUGACACCUCGUCCACAGCCCAAGCUGUUCAGUUCAUUACUGCUGUCCAGACCUGCAAGAAAAAUGUGAAGCUGUGGGCUCCUGAGAUUGACAUGUUCCGCCAGGGCCAGUCUACGCUUGUCCGCCAACGGUAUCACUUCCCAAAUGACUGGCUACACAUUGAACAAAUCGACAGCCAGUGGGAGGCUCUCAAGGAGAUUCUCGAGAAGAAGUCCCGUGUCAUGGAAGAACAGUCGGACGCUAUGCGAGCCAACAUUAUUGCCCAGGACAAACUUGUCAGCGGACGUAUUGCGGAGAUUGUGGUCCAAUGGAACGAAGACAAGCCUGUCUCUGGUACAAUUCAACCUGACAUUGCGUCUGCGACGCUGAGCGGCUUCGAGACUCGUAUUUCUGCCCUCCAGGAGGAUUUGCAGCAAGUCAUCAAGGCCAAGGAAGCACUUGACCUUCCCGGAUCCGCAGACGAUUCGCUUGAAGCUACGCUGGAGGAAGUCCGCGAUUUCCAGUCUGUCUGGUCUAACCUCUCCACCAUUUGGGCCAAUUUGAACGAAACUCGAGACAUCCUCUGGACAGCUGUUCAGCCUCGUAAGAUCCGCUCCAAGGUGGACGAUCUCAUCAAGAGUACCAAGGAGAUGCCCAGCAGAAUGCGCCAGUAUGCUGCAUUUGAACAUGUUCAGGGCAUUCUGCGUGGGUUCCUCAAAGUCAACCCUACUCUGUCCGAUCUCAAAUCUGAUGCUAUCCGCGAGCGUCAUUGGCACAAAAUCUACAAGCAGAUUAAACCGCAAAAACGCUUUUCUCCGAGCUCUAUGACACUUGGUGAUGUCUGGGAUCUGAACUUAGUUGCCACCGAAGCCGUUGUCAAGGACAUUAUUGCCCAGGCCCAGGGUGAAAUGGCCCUUGAAGAGUUCCUGAAGCAAGUCCGCGAGACCUGGCAAAAUUACGCGCUCGAAAUGGUCAAUUACCAGAACAAAUGCAGACUUAUCCGUGGCUGGGACGAUUUGUUUGCCAAGUGCAGUGAAAACCUGAACUCUCUGCAGGCCAUGAAGCACUCGCCGUACUACAAGGAAUUUGAAGAGGAAGCCGUUUCCUGGGAAGACAAGCUCAACCGAGUGCACGUGUUGUUUGACGUAUGGAUCGAUGUGCAGCGGCAGUGGGUGUACCUCGAAGGUGUUUUUACCGGCAAUGCCGACAUCAAGCACCUCCUCCCCAUCGAGUCUGGCCGCUUUCAAAAUAUUAACAGCGAAUUCCUGGCCGUUAUGAAAAAGGCAAACAAGACACCCUAUGUGCUUGAUGUUCUCAACAUUCCCAACGCCCAAAAGUCUCUUGAGCGCCUAGCUGAAAUGCUGAACAAGAUCCAGAAAGCCCUUGGUGAAUAUCUCGAAAAGGAACGUGUUUCGUUCCCUCGAUUCUACUUUGUUGGUGACGAAGAUCUGCUUGAGAUGAUUGGCAACAGCAACGACACUCUCCGUAUUGCCAAGCACUUCAAGAAGAUGUUUGCAGGUCUUUGUGGCCUGGUUAUGGACGACGAGACAAUUAUUUCCGGAUUCACCUCGAAGGAGGGCGAAGUCGUCAAGUUGAACAAGCAAAUUUCCUUGGCCCAGACGCCGCGCAUCAACGACUGGCUGGCUUUGCUCGAGGGUGGUAUGAAAACCAGCCUCGCUGACCUCCUUUCCGAGGCCGUGGAACUGUACAACCCCAUAUUCCAGUCUAGCACCAUUGACAAAGCAGCACUGCGCGACUACAUGGAAGUCUUCCCUAGCCAGAUUGUGGUUCUUGCUUCCCAGGCUGUCUGGACCACUGCUGUUGAGGAUUCCCUCAUCAACGGCGGUCACAAUCUCCAGGAUCUGUUUGAGCGCGAAGUCCAGAUUCUCCGUGUGCUUGCUGACACCGUUCUCGAGGAGCUGCCCAUUAUCCUCCGCAAGAAGUGCGAACAAAUGAUUACCGAAUGCGUCCACCAGCGAGACGUGAUUGACAAGCUCGUUGCCGCCAAGGCGGAUUCCCCUACGCACUACUUCUGGCAGCUGCAGAUGCGCUACGUCUACUCAUCUCAAGGCCCUGCCCUUGACCGUCUGCAUAUCAAGAUGGCUAAUGCUAAGCUAAACUACGGCUUCGAAUAUCUUGGUGUUCCAGACCGUCUUGUGCGCACACCGCUCACAGAUCGAUGCUUCUUGACCCUCACCCAAGCUUUGUGUCAACGCCUUGGUGGCUCUCCUUACGGACCUGCCGGUACUGGUAAAACUGAGUCGGUCAAGGCGCUUGGUGCAAUGGGUCGUAUCUUCCUUGGUAUCUGCCAGGUCGGUGCUUGGGGCUGUUUCGACGAGUUCAACCGUCUCGAGGAGCGUAUCCUCUCUGCCGUUUCACAGCAGAUUCAGAACAUCCAGCUCGGCUUGAAGCGCGGCGGCGAGGGCGAUGACUCCCAGAUUGACCUUAUUGGGCGUCAGCUGCGCGUUAACGAGAAUACGGGCAUCUUCAUCACCAUGAACCCGGGCUAUGCAGGCCGCUCCAACCUGCCCGACAACUUGAAGAAGCUCUUCCGCAGUGUCGCCAUGUCCAAGCCCGAUAAGGAGCUUAUUGCCGAGGUCAUGCUGUACUCUCAGGGUUUCAACCAAGCCAAAAAACUCUCCAAGCAGGCUGUUCCAUUCUUCGACAUGUGCUCCAAGCAACUCUCCAAGCAAGCGCAUUACGAUUUUGGUCUGCGUGCGCUGAAGAGUGUUUUGGUCAGCUCCGGUGGCCUCAAGCGAGCCCGUAUCACUAACACCGAGCUCGGUACCGGGGUAGUUAUGGAGCCCGAAAUUAUUGUGCAGAGUAUCCGCGAGACUAUUGCGCCGAAGCUCAUCAAAUCUGAUGUCGAUAUCAUGACAAAUAUUGAGGGCGAAUGCUUCCCCGGCGUCAAAUAUGUGCCAGCCAAUCUGCAUGCCCUCGAGGAGGCUAUUCGUGCCAUUGCGGCGGAGAGACAGUUGGUCGUUACCGAUAUUUGGAUGACGAAGGUCCUCCAGCUCUAUCAAAUUCAAAAUAUUCACCAUGGUGUUAUGAUGGUCGGAAAUUCUGGUAGCGGAAAGUCGGCUGCUUGGAAAUUGCUGCUUGACGCUCUCCAACGCGUUGAGGGCAUCGAAGGAAUUUCUCACGUCAUUGACUCCAAGGUUAUGUCCAAGGAAGCUCUCUAUGGUAACCUCGACUCUACAACCCGCGAGUGGACCGACGGUCUCUUUACGAGCAUUCUGCGAAAAAUCGUUGACAACUUGCGUGGUGAGGACUCUAAGCGUCACUGGAUCGUCUUUGAUGGUGAUGUCGACCCCGAAUGGGUCGAAAACUUGAACAGUGUUCUAGACGACAACAAGCUGCUCACCCUGCCUAAUGGUGAACGUCUGAACCUGCCUUCCAAUGUUCGCAUUAUGUUUGAAGUUGAAACGCUCAAGUAUGCCACCUUGGCUACAGUAUCUCGUUGUGGUAUGGUCUGGUUCAGCGAGGAAACUGUAACACCCAAGAUGGUCAUCAGCAACUACCUCGAGUCGCUGCGCAAUGUGCCCUUUGAGGAUCUUGAUGAGGACAGUGUCGCCACGGGCCAGAGCGCCGCCAAAACACUCGCCGUACAGAGCCAGGCUGCAGACCUUCUCCAGAGCUAUCUCGAAGGCGAUGACUUUGUUAUGCAAGCCCUCGAAAAGUCGGAAAAGUACAACCAUAUCAUGGAGUUUACCAUUGCUCGUGUACUCACCACCAUGUUCUCCCUCCUCAACAAGGCCGUUCGCGACAUUAUUGAGUACAAUGGCCAGCACAGCGACUUUCCUCUCGAGCUGGAGCAGGUUGAGGCAUUCCUCCCCAAGAGACUACUACUUGCUCUUGUGUGGGCCUUUACCGGCGACUGUCCUCUCGAUGAUCGCAAAGCCUUUGGUGAUGAGAUUUGUGCCUUUGCCAACUUUGGCUCCCCGCCUCUUGACGGUUCCAGCUCGCUAAUCGACUUUGACGUGAACCUACCCAAGGCUGAGUGGACCUCUUGGCAGACCCAAGUGCCAACCAUUGAGGUCAACACGCAUUCCAUCAUUCAGACCGACGUUGUGAUUCCUACGCUGGACACUGUACGCCACGAAGACGUCCUGUACUCUUGGCUGGCUGAGCAUAAGCCGCUCCUGCUUUGCGGUCCUCCUGGUUCCGGUAAAACGAUGACACUGUUCAGUGCCCUUCGCAAGCUGCCCAACAUGGAAGUCGUCGGCCUCAACUUUUCUAGUGCCACUACCCCCGACCUUCUGAUCAAGACUUUUGAGCAGUACUGCGAGUACAAGAAGACACUGAACGGCGUGAUGCUAUCGCCCACGCAGAUUGGACGCUGGCUUGUUGUCUUUUGCGAUGAAAUAAACUUGCCCGCGCCCGACAAGUACGGAACUCAGCGCGCCAUUUCCUUCCUUCGCCAGCUUGUUGAGCACAAUGGUUUCUGGCGCACAUCGGAUAAGUCAUGGGUGACGCUUGAUCGUAUCCAGUUUGUUGGUGCCUGUAACCCGCCCACCGAUGCUGGAAGAACGCCCAUGGGCGCCAGAUUCCUCCGCCACGCUCCUCUCAUUAUGGUUGACUACCCCGGUGAGCUGUCUCUCAACCAGAUUUACGGCACAUUCAACUCGGCCGUGCUCAAGAUCAUCCCCGCUCUUCGUGGAUACGCCGAGCCGCUCACGCAAUCCAUGGUACGCUUUUACCUCGAGUCACAGAAGCGCUUUACGCCCAAGAUCCAGCCGCACUACGUAUACAGUCCCCGUGAACUCACCCGCUGGGUGCGUGGUAUCUAUGAAGCUAUCAAACCGCUCGAGACACUAUCAAUCGAAGGCCUGGUCCGUAUCUGGUCCCACGAAGCUCUGCGUCUAUUCCAAGAUCGUCUGGUGGCGGAAGACGAGCGUAAGUGGACAGAGGAUUCCGUUCACAAGAUUGCGCUGCAGUACUUCCCGACAAUUGACGAGGAAAAGGCUCUCGGAGGGCCGAUCCUCUUCUCCAAUUGGCUGUCAAAGAAUUAUAUUCCCGUCGAUCGUGAGCAGCUGCGCGACUUUGUUAAAGCUCGCCUCAAGACUUUCUGCGAAGAAGAGGUGGACGUACCUCUUAUCCUCUUCAACGACGUGCUGGAGCAUGUUUUGCGGAUCGAUCGUGUGUUCCGCCAGCCUCAGGGCCAUUUGAUUCUCAUUGGUGUCAGUGGCUCCGGAAAGACAACGCUCUCGCGCUUCGUCGCCUGGAUGAACGGCCUCAAAGUGUUCCAGAUCAAGGUGCACGGCAAGUACUCUGCCGAGGACUUUGACGACGACUUGCGCGAGGUCUUGCGCCGCUGUGGCUGCAAGGGCGAAAAGAUCUGCUUCAUCAUGGAUGAAGCCAACGUUCUGGACUCCGGUUUCCUGGAGCGCAUGAACACCUUGCUGGCCAACGCAGAAGUCCCCGGUCUGUUUGAAGGUGACGAGUAUGCAGCUCUCAUGACUGCUUGCAAGGAAGGUUCACAGCGCCAGAACUUGCACUUGGACUCUCCGGAAGAAUUGUACAAAUGGUUCACUCAACAGAUUGUCAAUAACCUCCACGUUGUUUUUACCAUGAACCCGCCUGAGGAUGGUCUCACUUCCAAGACUGCGACAAGCCCUGCGCUUUUCAACCGUUGCGUGCUUAACUGGUUUGGAGACUGGUCCGACCAGGCACUAUUCCAGGUCGGCCACGAACUUACACAGUCUAUUGAUCUGGAUAAGAGCAGUUGGUCUGCACCUGAUACUGUGCCCGUUGCCUAUCGUGGCCUCACCCUGCCACCUUCUCACCGCGAGACUAUUGUCAACUCGAUGGUGUAUAUUCACUACUCGCUCGCGCGAUAUAACGAGAAGCUGUACAAGCAACAGAAAAAGAUCACCUUCCUUACCCCACGUCAUUUCCUGGACUUUGUGGGCCAGUAUGUCAAGUUGUACACGGAAAAGCGCGAGGAUCUCGAGGAACAGCAGCGUCAUUUGAAUGUCGGUCUCGAGAAGCUGAGAGACACUGUUGACAAGGUGCGCGAUCUUCGCGUCAGCCUGGCCGAGAAGAAGGGACAGCUUGAACAGAAGGAUGCGGAGGCGAACGAGAAACUGCAGCGCAUGGUUGCAGACCAGCGCGAAGCAGAGCAGAGGAAGAACACAUCGUUGGAGAUUCAAGCUUCUCUGGAGAAGCAGGAGGCGGAAGUGGCCACGCGAAGGAAGGUCGUGUUAGAGGAUCUCGACAAGGCUGAACCCGCCGUCGAAGAGGCCAGGGCUAGUGUCAGCAACAUCAAGCGUCAACACCUGACUGAAGUCCGAUCAAUGGGUAGCCCGCCGCAGGGUGUCAGACUUGCGCUGGAAGCCGUCUGCACGCUGCUCGGGCACCGAAUCAAUGACUGGAAAAGUGUGCUGGCCAUUGUGCGCAAGGACGACUUUAUUGCGAGCAUUCUUAUGUUUGACAAUGCCAAGCAGAUGACGAGAUCGCUGCGAAACAAAAUGCGCAACGAUUUCUUUUCCAUUCCCGAAUUUACCUUUGAAAAGGUUAACCGAGCUUCCAAGGCGUGCGGUCCCCUCGUCCAAUGGGUCUCGGCUCAGGUCAACUACUCCGACAUUCUUGAUCGUGUAGGACCCCUGAAGGAAGAAGUUACGCAACUUGAGGAGCAGGCUCUACAAACCAAAGCCAACGCCAAGGCCGUCGAGAACAACAUUGCAGAGCUCGAGUCCAGUAUCAACACGUACAAGACUGAAUAUGCUGCGCUCAUCAGCGAGACCCAAGCAAUCAAGGCGGAAAUGUCAAAGGUUCAGUUCAAGGUCGAUCGCAGUGUCCGCCUGCUGGAUAGUCUCUCCUCUGAACGCGCCCGAUGGGAGGAAGGCAGCAAGUCGUUUGAGACGCAAAUCAGCACUCUUGUCGGCGACGUCCUGGUUGCUGCCGCCUUUCUCGCGUAUAGCGGUUUGUACGACCAGCAGUUCAGAAAGUCCAUGAUGGAUGACUGGUUGCACCAGCUAUACCUCUCUGGCAUCCAGUAUAAAACACCGAACCCGGUUACCGAGUACCUUUCAAGUGCGGAUGAACGCUUGGGCUGGCAAGAGAACUCGCUGCCAGUGGAUGACCUUUGCACUGAAAAUGCAAUUAUCCUCAAGCGCUUCAACCGUUACCCAUUGAUUAUCGACCCCUCUGGCAGAGUCACCGAAUUCUUACAAAAGGAGUGCAAGGAUCGUCGCUUGACCGUGACCAGCUUUCUGGAUGACACGUUUACGAAGCAACUUGAGUCCUCGCUCCGUUUCGGCAACCCCAUCUUGAUCCAGGAUGCGGAGCAUCUCGACCCGAUCCUGAACCAUGUUCUCAACAAAGAAUACCAGCGCACUGGUGGUCGUGUCCUGAUCCAGCUUGGCAAGCAGGAGAUUGAUUUCUCGCCAGCCUUUAAGCUGUAUCUUUCUACGAGAGAUCCGUCGGCCACUUUUGCUCCCGAUAUUUGCAGUCGUACCACGUUUGUCAACUUUACCGUCACGCAAAGCAGUUUACAGACGCAGUCGCUCAACGACGUUCUCAAGUCGGAGCGUCCCGACGUAGAUGAGAGGCGUUCCAACCUCAUUAAGCUGCAGGGCGAGUUUAAGGUCCAUCUACGACAGCUGGAAAAGCAACUUUUGCAGGCCCUCAACGAAUCUCGUGGCAACAUUUUGGAUGACGACAACGUCAUUGAGACUCUGGAGACACUCAAGCGAGAGGCGGCCGAGAUUUCUGCCAAGAUGAGCAACACGGAAGGUGUCAUGGCGGAGGUGGAAGAAAUUACGCAACAAUACGCUGUCAUUGCCCGAGCAUGCAGCGCCGUUUUCGCUGUGCUUGAGAACCUUCAUUACCUCAACCACUUUUACCAGUUCUCGCUACAAUACUUCUUGGACAUAUUCCAGUCCGUGCUGCACAACAACCAGAGUCUGGCCAACGUGACGAAUCACAACGAGCGCCGUGACAUUAUUGUCAAGGAAUUGUUUAUCAACACGUUCAAACGAACAGCGCUCGGUCUACUACAGAAAGAUCGCGUCGCACUGGCACUCCUGCUGGCACAGGCAACACCGUACAAGAUGGACAAGUCUCUGCUCGACCAUGUUUUGGACAAGCGAUUUGAAGGACGUGAUCUAUCGUCCAACCCUGAGGCGCGAGACGAAGCCUUUAUCGAAGCGAGGAAGAUUGGCGCGCUGAAGGAGCUUCUCGACGGAGUGGCCACGUCGGACUGGGACAAGUUCUUUACCGAGGAGCUUGGCGAGAAUGCUGUGCCCAAGGUUUGGAGUGAGAAUGCGAAUGCCAUGGACCAAGCCCUUUUUGCGCUCCUGCUGGUCAAGUGCUUCAGGAUGGACCGUUUCGUGCCUGCCGCCGAGAGGUUUGUGGCGCAAGUCUUUGGAGCUGAAACAUUUGAUAUUGUGGAAGAUUUAAAGGGCACGGCGGUGCAAGUAUCUGCUACGCUGCCCAUUGCGCUUGUUUCUACGCCUGGUUUCGAUGCUAGCUACAAGGUGGACAAUCUGGUGGAGAGAGUCAAGGUCGGGUGCACCAAUAUUGCCAUGGGUUCCAACGAAGGACUGGCGAGCGCGGACAAGGCCAUCACGAGUGCGGCCGAGACGGGAUCGUGGGUUCUUGUCAAGAAUGUUCACUUGGCGCCGACGUGGCUGCAAAGCUUGGAGAAGCGGAUGGAGUCGCUGAACCCGCACAAGGACUUUCGCCUGUUCCUCUCUAUGGAAUCGAGCCCAAAGAUUCCUGUCAAUUUGCUGCGUGCUUCGCGCGUGCUCAUGUACGAACAGCCGGCGGGUGUUCGUGCCAACAUGAAGGACUCGAUGUCGUCGCUGUCAACGCGGGCGACCAAGCGACCAGUCGAGCGCGCGCGGCUGUACAUGCUCAUUUCGUUUUUGCACGCCGUUGUGCAGGAGAGAUUGCGGUAUGCGCCGACUCUUGGUUGGAAUGGGUUCUGGGAAUUCAACGACAGCGACUACGAAUGCUCUGCUUUCAUCAUUGACACUUGGCUGGACAAUGUGGCGGGCAACCGUACCAACAUUGCGCCGCAAAACAUCCCAUGGGACAUGAUUCGCUACCUGGUGACGGAGACAUAUGGCGGCAAGGUGGAUGACGAGGGUGACUUUGACCUGCUGCGGCAGCUGGUGCACCAGAUGCUAACACCGGCGGCGUACGAGGCGGACCACAAGCUGGUGGAGGGGCCGGAUGGGGGGCUGACGGUGCCGUCAGGGACAAGCCUGGAUGAGUUUAUGGCGUGGGUGCACAACCUGCCGGAGCGUGAGCCGCCGACGUACCUGGGUCUGCCGGCGAACGCGGAGAAGCUUCUGCUGGGCGGACUGGGACGCAGCCUGGUUGAGAAUGUGAGAAGCGUGACGGAGAUUUUGGAUGAGGGAGAGCAGCUGAUGGCUGACGCAUGA